AUGACAUAUUUCAUCAUAAAGGGACUAUCUGAUGAUCCUGGGCUCCAGGCUCCUAUAUUUGUUCUGGUUUUACUCAUUUAUCUCAUCUCUCUUGUCGGGAAUAUGAGUCUUCUCCUCCUGGUCUGCCUGGACUCUCAUCUUCACACUCCCAUGUAUUUCUUCCUUGCUAAUUUGUCUAUAGUGGACAUGAUGUCUCCCACUGUCACCCUACACAAGAUCCUUCUCAUGUUCAUCACUGGAGAUAACACAAUGCUCUACCUGGCCUGUAUGGUACAAUACUAUACAUCUGCAUCCUUAUCAGGACAUGGACUUUUCAUAUUGACGGCCAUGAGCUAUGAUCGAUAUGUAGCCAUUUGUUGGCCCUUGAAUUAUAAUAUUAUCAUGAACUUUAAGACAUGUCUUUUGUUAGCUGCAUUUUGUUGGAUAUUUGGUUUUAUACAAGUUGUUCCCUUCAUCUGGCUUGUAUUCAAGAUCUCUUGUUUCUCCACCAAUGUUAUUGACCACUUCUGCUGUGACCUUGUCCCUAUCAUGGAAAUUGCCUGCAGUGACAUCACAAUAUUGGAAGGAGUGUCCAAUAUACAAGGGUUAUUUGUCUUUAUCAUUAUUCCACUUCUUCUAAUUUCAACAUCUUAUAUCUUAAUAAUUAGAUCCAUAAUGAAGAUACGUUCCAGUAUAGGUCGAAGAAAAGCCUUCUACACGUGUUCCUCACACCUCAUAGUCAUUGUGUUGCUUUACACAACAGUAACCUUUCAAUAUCUUAUACCAAGUAAUGUCUUAGGCCCCAAAAAAAUGUUUUCUUUGUUUAACAUGGCAAUUGUCCCAAUGCUCAACAUAUUGAUAUAUAGUCUUAAGAAUAAAGAUGUAAAAGCAUCUUUUAGAAGGAGGAUCGGGAAGUGUAAAGUAAACACAUUCUGCUGUAUUAUGGUUGACAGUUUCAUUGAAAUGAAAAAGAAAAACUGA